AUGCCUGGCGGCCGCCGCGAUAGCGACCAGACGCCCAUUUCCGCCCUCAAACCCGACGAGGCGGGCGGCUUUCGGCAGCGGUGCCCUGAGAAAGCUUUCAUAAAUGGGUUUGCGCUGCACUCGACAGGACGUCCGCACACAGCGCAGCGCAAUCGUACAAUUGAUCUCCAUGUCGCACGGCCUCGCACAUAUUCCCGUGCUAUCGAGUACCGCCAUGACUGGGAUCACACGCGACGGCAUUCUCUUCCGAACCAAACCUAG